UUUCCAUUCGCCUCCAUUUCUCUGAAUUUAGUCAGUCGCUUGUCGGCAGUCGAACAAAUUAAUCGAAUAGAAAUUUUACUUUUCGGAGAAAACAAUGUGGCCUCCGCUGGGCGUUCUAGUCUUCCUGGCCGUGUCCUUCAGCCAACCCCAUGAGUUGGUGGAAGCCGCUGGUCCGCUGAAUGUGCUGGGCCUCUUUCCCCAUCCCGGAGUCAGCCACUUCCACUUCUUCCACCCCAUCAUGCGGGGUCUGGCCGAGGCGGGACAUGACGUGAGCGUGGUUUCCCAUUUCCCGGACAAGCAUCCGGUCAUCCGCUACAAGGAUUUCCCCCUGACCGGGAUAGACAAGCUCACGAACAGUGUGGAUCUUAAGUUCUUUGAAAAGCGCACUUUCUACAAUCACUUCUUGGAGUUCUUCUUGCUUCACGAGUGGGGCAAACAGGCCUGCAAUUUUACGCUCCGAUCGGAUGCACUGCAGCAGAUCCUCAAGCGUCGUCCGGGACACUUUGACGUCAUUAUUAUGGAGCAGUUCAACACGGACUGUAUGAUGGGGGUGGCGCAUCAACUCCAAGCGCCGGUGAUUGCUCUAAGCAGCUGUGUGAUGAUGCCCUGGCACUACGAGAGAAUGGGAGCCCCUUUGUUACCCUCCCACGUCCCGGCACUCUUCAUGGCCCAGUCGCAGGAUAUGGACUUCGGUGGUCGUCUGGCCAACUGGUUUAGCACCCAUGCCUUGAAUUGGAUGUACAAAUUACUAUCUGUACCCGCGGCCGAUGCCCUGGUUCAAUACAAAUUCGGCCACGAUGUCCCUUCGGUGGGUGAGCUGGCUAAGAACACAUCCUUGUUCUUUGUGAACCAGCACUAUUCGCUGUCAGGACCCAAGCCAAUGCCCCCCAAUGUGAUCGAGUUGGGCGGCAUACAUAUCCAGAAAUCGAAACCCCUGCCUGAUGAUCUGCAGCGCAUAUUGGACAAUGCCGAGGAAGGAGUGAUCCUGAUCAGUUGGGGCUCCAUGAUCCGGGCGAAUUCCCUUUCGGCCGCCAAAAGGGACGGCAUCGUACGGGCUGUGGCCCGAUUGAAGCAGAAGGUUAUCUGGAAGUGGGAGAACGAAACGCUGCCAAAUCAGCCACCCAAUAUGUACAUUAUGAAGUGGCUACCCCAGCGCGAUAUCCUCUGUCAUCCGAACGUAAAGGUGUUCAUGUCCCAUGGUGGACUAAUGGGCACCUCGGAGGCAGCCUACUGUGGAGUUCCAGUGGUGGCCACGCCCAUGUACGGCGAUCAGUUUGUGAAUACAGCCGCUUUGGUUCAGCGCGGCAUGGGAACCAUCCUGCCAUUUGAGGACAUCGGAGAGAACACAGUGAUGCGGGCUUUGAAAAAGGCACUAGACAAGAAGUACUACGAUGCCGCCAAGGUCGUCUCACACGCCUUCAACCACCGCCCACAGCAAGCCCUGCAAACCGCCAUUUGGUGGGUGGAGCACGUGGCCCACACGGGCGGAGCUCCACUCCUGAAACCCAGUGCCGUGCAUAUGUCCCGAUUCACCUACUACUCCCUGGACUGCUACGCUGUGCUGGCCGUAAUCCUGGCCAGCAUCAUUGCCAGUUGGGUGUGGCUUCUAAGACGCUGCUGCGGAUCCAGUUCCUCUAACAAGACUAAGAGGGAUUAGUGGGCUCAUCCCGACGCCGCUUUAUUUGUGGUGUAUGUGAUAUUUUAUAUGUUCUGUGUAAGAGACUUUUAAGUGUAAAGACGCCUCCUCUCAAGGACUUCAUCUAGACGUAAAUUAAGGGACGCCAAAUUAAAUAUAAUGUGUACUAGAAUUGGUAUUCAACCCA